CGAGCUGUCUGCACGUUCGGCGUGCCAUGUCAUCACGCAUGCGGAGCAGCUUUUCGGUUUGCAAACACUAUUAUUCACCCAAGUGUCGGAAGAGGGAUGCAGAGAGAACAAAUUCGGGUUAAUCAAGAUGAACAUGGAUAGAGUGAUACGGUACGUGCGCGUGAUCUAAAAGUGACGGCUGUGUGAGGCUUGGUGGGAAGCAGAGAGGUAAACACACUCACACACACACAUACACACACAGAGAGAGAGAGAGACGCUCACACUAACACACGGACUGUACGGGAUGCCCGCGUGACUGCAGGGAGGAAAGAAGCGGAGGAAAAAGAUGGGGUCUUGGUGGACCAUAGCAAAAGCUCAUAAAUUAAGUUUUUUUUUUUUUUUUUCCGAUUUAUCGUCUGAUCCACCUGGCUGCUAUUUUAAGACAGUUAGCAAAUCUAUGCUUAGAUAUUUCUCCUCAUCUCUAAGUCGCAAUAAUUAGCCUCUGCUUCCCGGACGGACCGGUAUCAUCUCCUCAUCCCUUUACUGCUGUUUCCUCCUGUAGGAUGUUGAUGAUGAUGAUGAUGAUGAUGAUGAGCUGUGAGGUCGCCAGGUAGGGAGCGCACAAGUCGGGACGCCUUUCCUCAUGACCGGGAGCACGCAUAUGUCACCUCUGCUGCACGGAGCGCAAAACAGCAAGCGAUCGUUGGCCGCUUUCUUUGGGACGGCUCGAGAACCUGCGGCCUGCUCGGGGCUCCGGUUAUACCGCAAUGCCACACGGGCCGAGAUGAGGGAGAGGCUGAGGAGAGCCGGCGGGGAGGAGGAGGAGGAGGACGCGUCUGCAAGCCGCAAACGAUUUGAAAAGGGAGGAUUUAAAACGAGCCGAGUCGAUGUUUUACUCGGCUUUAAAGUUGUGUUUUACUCGGACUGAACAGGAAAGUGGCACAAGGUGUACUCUGCGCUGCAUGGACUGAGAGUACGCUGCGUCGACUCUAACUGUCUCAGCAGCAGCAGCAGCAGCAGAGCUCAAACGUCAAGUGGGGUGAGUGCUGUGGUUGUGUGGAGGGGCUGCUCGAUUCUCAGCUUUCUGCUGAUCAAGUUCUUGGACUCACUGACCGGUCUGGACAUUACGCAGGAACCAUUGCACCUGCCAGGGGGUCAGCUUGAUGCAUGAAUUAUAACACCGUUAAGCCAGCAUUUACACCAGUUCCUCCUCUGCUCUUUUGUGUUUCUGCCUACACAGUUUGUUAUAUGAACUCAGUGCACAAGUAAACAUCUUCCCAUCCUCCUCACUCACACACACACACACACACACAUAUAGAGACAAGCCAACCAUGCCUUCACCCUCAGACUCCAGCAGCGUGGCUUCUGCCUCUGGAUCUCGCGGUUGGUCUGACAGUCGCAGAGGCAUGUCAGGCAGGGGGCCCGGUGGGGCCCGUCUGCUGCUCUACCUGGGUUUGUGCCACCUGGGGCUGGGAGCCAUGGUUCUGGCCUUCUCUUUCACCAGCAUGGCCUUCACCUCAUCCGCGCGCGUCCGGCAGUCCUGUCCAUUCUGGGCUGGCUUCUUUGUGGUGGCAUCAGGGAUAGUGGGAAUAAUCUCAUGGAGAAGACCUCUAACACUGGUGGUGUCACUGUUCAUGUUGCUGUCUGCAGUGUGUGUGAUCCUCAGCCUGGCCGGCUCAAUGCUCUCGUGUCAGAACGCACAGAUGGUCAAGUCAAUGAACACCUGCCAGGUGGAGAAUGGUCUCUGUGUGUGCUGUCCAGGCAAUCUAGCCUGCUCCAUGACGAAUGAGGAUACCCUGGUUCUGUCCAAGAAUGGUGACUGUCACUCAUUCAAACAUCAGCUAAAGGACCUCCUGUUCAGUGCGUGUGGUCUCAGCAUUCUCUCCACCAUCAUUUGUACGCUGUCCACUGUGACUUGCAGUAUACACAUAUUCUCCUUGGAUCUUGUGCACCUGCUCGCCCCUCAUCGCUCCCGCUCAGUCAACCCAGAAUGCACCACUCCGCAAGACGCUUUCCUGACCAACAUCAUGGACUUUGAGGAGUUUGUGCCCCCCAUCCCUCCUCCUCCCUACUACCCCCCUGAAUACACCUGCAGCUCAGAGACAGACGCUCAGAGCAUCACCUAUAAUGGCUCCAUGGAGAGUCCUGUCCCGUUGUACCCCACUGACUGCCCUCCUCCCUAUGAAACUGUGAUGGGCCAAAGAGCUGCAAGCCAGGCAACCGUGUUUGACGCCCAUGGUACUGAGCUGUCUGGAGAGAGAGGGACCUCUACAGCCUUUAGCGGAGAAGUAUCUAUGGAUAGUGGUUCUCUGUUAAUGUCAGAGAUUGUGGAUAUCCCUGAUGAUUCCUCCCCGUCUGAAGACUCCUGUUUGAUGGAGGUUGGGAUAAGGAGCCACGGGGGCAACAGGACCUGUGCUGACAGGGGCGACAGCUUCUUCCGCAGUCCACAGUGUCAAACACCAGAGAGCCCGCUGGCAGGAGGGCCGAGGGCAAGACGGUUCCUCAGAGGGGAACGGUCUAAUUCCUGCUCCUCGCCUAGCACAGCUACCAAUACAUACAGGUCUCCUGUGCUGCACCGCCAGGCUGUGUUAGCUAGCAGCUGUUCCCAGCUGGAAGCAAUAGGAAACUCACCAAAUCAACAGCAACGUUUCAUCCCAGAGAUUCAGGUGAACCUCACCGACCCCUCAAACCAGGAAGCUGCCCCGGCCUCAUCUGUUCCCCCUCCAUCGUCUUCCUCAGCAGCCUGUGAGCACGGAAACAGACUGCUCCCUCCUCACGGGGCCCUUUACCUCCGACGAAGGGCUGAGAGAAGUGACAAGCAUGGAGGGACCGUUGGAAGACAGAGUGAAGGCUUUUUACGCCUUGUGCGGUCGCACAGUGAGCCAGGCCUCGGCUCUUCAACAGACACAGUUGACUUUGGGUCCGGAGGCAGCAAGGCAUCUACAGACACAGCUCCAUCUUCCGAAGCGUGUUUGUUGCCUCGCUCUUCUGUGGCUCCUCCUUCUGCUCUGCCAAGUAAAGGUGGCAUUAAGACAGCAGCCACAAGUGUGCAAAUCCCCCCUAAACCUGCACCCACCUCACCUAUAUGCAUACCUAAAGACUGCCACCGCUCUCUAGGAGACCUGAAGGUUACCCGAGUUCUGGUGGCUCGCUUCCUGCAGCGCUCCAAACGUAACCUGGGGCCACCCUCUGAGCAUGCUGGGAGCACAGGACAGGGGCCAAAGAGGAGAAGUGGAGUUGAGACGGUUGGCUCUAACCACCUGUCUUCUGAGCAAGUGUCGCGGACCCCUUGGAGCACCAGCCGCGGACACCCCAACGCUCACUCCCAUCACCCUCACCGCCGGGGACAUCACCACUCCCAUAGCGACAGUAGACACAACCGGCACUACAGCAGUCGAGCGCCAGAAGGGAUCCACCUGCGCAGCUGUGGAGAUCUGAGCUCUUCCACUUCGUCGUUGCGUCGAUUGAUGGCGCCUCAUGCGCCUCACGGGUCAUCUGGAGCUCUCUAUUCAGAGUCUGCGCUGUGACGAGGAAAGGAGGGCGGAGGAGGAAAGAGGAAGACAAGACAGCACGAUUUUGGCAAACGUGAAAACAUUCAGAAUUUAUUUUUCAAAAGUCUUCCCCCCUUUUUCUCUUCGUCGCCUCCAUUUCCAGAGGUCAGCUGUGAAAACGACUUUACUUCAGAGGUGCUUCUGAUAGACUGAACGUCAGCGCAGAGCUCCGGCUUUCUUUACGAACAAGGAGAACAAUGAUCAGAAGAGAAUGACCAUUUACAGUACAAUUGCAUUUAUGGGUUCCAAUUUGUUUCUCAUCUUUUUUUUUUCUACAUUGCUGUUAGACCACUUCUUUGCUCAGGUGACGAGAAUGAGGAAAUCCGUAUUUUUGUCUUCCAUAUAUAUUAAGAGAAGUACCACCAAAAGCAGUCAGCUGAAUACAGUGUCUCUCAAAAGUAUUCAUACCUUGAACUCCAAUAAUUCUUUUUUCCUCAGAUGAAAAUCUGAAGAGUCUAGUGUACUAUUAAUCAGUGCCUCUAAGUCAGCACUUUGUAGGUCCGCCUUUUACUGAAAUUGUAGCUUCCCCACUGAUUGUUGCAAAAUUGCCCAAAUUUAGUCAAAUUGGAUGUGGAGAAUUUGUGAAAUUCUGCGAACACUUCCUAUUUUUGAGGCCUUUGCAGAGCAGAACAUAGAUAAUGUUUACUGAUUGUGGAUAAAUAAACUGUUAGCUUAUCAGUGUUAGGAUUUUCUGGCCUUGGGUUUAUAGAAACGAUAAAUUACAGAUAAGAAAUUCUCUAUCCAGCUACUGGAACAAAAUUAAACAUGCUUGAAAAAAAAAUCACAAAUUGGCCUAUAUGUGUUGUUUUGGCAAAUAAACAAGUGGAAGACGUUUCUUAAUUACUUUACCAGAAUGUCCUAAUGCCCCCUUAAAACAUUUUCUUCUGCUGUAAACAACAUACAACACCAAAUAAAUCUACUGUCAUGGAGAGCCUCAAUGCAUGGCACUAGAAGGCGAUCCAGUUGUUUUUUUGUUUUUCUUUCAAACUCAUUCUUGUGAACAGUGAUGCUGCUAUAAUGAUAAACUUACAACAUAUCGUUCAGCUCUACUUACUGCUGACUUACGUUGGACUCUAUUCACUAAUUAAAUGACUUCUGAAGGCAAACAGUUGAACUGCACUAUAAUUAGGGGUAUGACUAUAACUGUACAACACAUUUUUCAGAUUUUUAUUUGUAGGAAAGUUUGGAAGCCAUGCAUCGUUUACCUCCUAUGUCACAAUCAUACACUAGUUAGUCUUGGGUCUUUCACAUAAUAGUCACAGAAAAUUCAUAAAAUUUCAUGUCGUAACAAGACAAAAUAUGAAAAAUGUAAAUGGGGUGUGAAUACUUUUGGAAGCCUCUAUUUAAUGUACCAUAAGAUGCACCAGUGAGUUUGCACUUGAGGACAAAUGCUGUUACAAAGAAGAUCCUAAAUCAGCUUUAUUUUACUCUUCCCUCCCACUCCCUCUUUAUUUUAAGAGUUAUUUUUUGCCAAUUUGGCAGCGUUCGCCUAAACAAAGCAGCCAGCAUUCCUUACAGAGACACCAGUGGCCGCCACAGACAUGACUCCAGUGGUUGAAUUGUACCACGGUGCGUGUAAUAUGCACACAAAAUGGUGCAUGUUUUUUGCUACUGCUGCAAUACUGUGGGAACCUUGUGCAUUUGAUUCUGCCUGUCCACGUAACUAAGUAACAAUUGCUCCGAAUGUCUUUAUCUGCAUGUUUGCUUCUUUAUUCUGUUUCUCCUCCUGCACACAGGACCUGCAAUGCAGCCAGUUGUUGGUUGAGGUCAGGGACAAAGUCACCUGCCAGGUGGCUCCACACGCGCCUCUGGACCUUGGCUACAGGAGGACGAUCCUUGUCAGAUGCGAACUGCUUUGAGAGGCUCUUGCAGCAAAUUUAUCAUGAAGUUCUGGAUACGCACUGUGUGUUGUUACAUUUCGGCUGUACAGUGGUUGUUUAAAGAUGAUUAAAUGAAAAAGAAAAAAAAAACUCUAGAAGUGCAUAAACACAUUUA